AUGGCCUCGGGGCCGGCGGGGCCUCGUGGGAAGGGACCCUCGGCCGGGGCUCUAUCCGUCGGGACCGCGGGGUUUGGAACCUGCGGAUUCGCCCCCAGGAAACCCCCGGGCUGGGGUCCCACCGUGUCCGUGAUCACCCUUGGUGCUGUUCCAGCCCUGCUCUCUGACCAGGCCCUGGUUUUCCCACAGGUCCAUGCCUGGGAGAUCUCGGACCAGCUGCUGCAGAUCCACCAGGAUGUGGAGUCCUGCUACUUUGCAGCACAGACCAUGAAGAUGAAGAUCCAGACUUCCUUCUACGAGCUCCCCACGGAUUCCCACGCCUCGCUCCGGGACUCUUUGCUGUCCCACAUCCAGAACUUGAAGGACCUGUCCCCGGUCAUUGUCACCCAGCUGGCUCUGGCCAUCGCCGACCUCGCCCUGCAGAUGGCUUCGUGGAAGGGCUGUGUGCAGACACUGGUGGAGAAGUACAGCAGUGACGCCCUGGCUGUCCACCUCUUCCUCUUUUCCCUGUGCCUGGCAAGGCUGGGGCUGUUCCCUUGGGUUCUGCCCCCACAGGUGACGUGUGUGGAGAAGGCAGGAAACGAGGAGAAGAUGCUCAUCAAAAUCUUCCGGUGCCUGGGGAGCUGGUUCAACCUUGGUGUCCUGGACAGCACCUUCAUGGCCAACAGCAAAUUACUGUCCCUCCUCUUCGAGGUGCUGGUGAGUGUUUCCUGGGAACUGGGGAGGGUGCUCAAUUACUGCCGUGUGUUCACCGAGCUGUGCGAGACCUUCCUGGAUAAGAUCGUGUGCACCCCGGGGCAGGGCCUGGGCGACCUGCGGACGCUGGAGCUGCUGCUCAUCUGCGCGGGGCACCCACAGUAUGAGGUGGUAGAAAUUUCCUUUAAUUUCUGGUACCGACUGGGGGAGCACCUGUACAAGACAGACGAUGCCGUCAUCCACAGCAUCUUCAAAGCCUACAUCCAGCGCCUGCUCCACGCCCUGGCCCGGCACUGCCAGCUCGACUCCGACCACGAGGGUGUCCCGGAGGAGACGGACGACUUUGGGGAGUUCCGGAUGCGCGUCUCGGACCUGGUGAAAGACCUGAUCUUCCUGGUGGGCUCCGUGGAGUGUUUUGCUCAGGUGGGUUUGAGGGAGUGUCGUGAGGUGCGGGCACGUCCCACAGGAGACCCCUGGGGAUGGGCUCUGGAGGGGACCCAGGGAGAAGCCUCUGAGCUGUCAGAGCACCCUCUGUGUGUGGCCAAGACCGGGGCUGCUGGGCCAGCUGUGCUCCCUGGGAGCAGGGCUGCCUGUGGUCCUGAAAUCCCAUCCUUUUCCCUUGAUUUCCAGCUGCUCUCCCAGGAGCCAAGCAAUGGCCUCUCCUCAGACCCUACAGUGCCCCUGGAUCGACUCGCCGUCAUCUUCAGACACACCAACCCCAUUGUCGAGAACGGCCAGGUCCACCCGUGCCAAAAAGUCAUUCAGGAGAUCUGGCCGGUGCUGUCGGAGACCCUGAACAAGCACAGUGCCGACAACCGCAUCGUGGAGCGCUGCUGCCGCUGCCUGCGCUUCGCCGUGCGCUGCGUCGGCAAGGGANUGCCAGGGCUCCUGUGUCCCCAGAUGGUGAACGUGUACCGGGAACACCAGCACUCCUGUUUCCUCUACCUGGGCAGCAUCCUGGUGGAUGAGUACGGCAUGGAGGAGGGCUGCAGGCAGGGCCUGCUCGACAUGCUGCAGGCUCUCUGCAUCCCCACCUUCCAGCUCCUCGAGCAGCCCAACGGCCUCCAGAACCACCCGGACACUGUGGAUGACCUGUUCCGCCUGGCAGCCAGUGCUGAGGAAUGUAAACAAGUGUGCUGGGCCCUGAGGGACUUCACCCGCCUGUUCCGAUAGCUCCGGCUGCGCACGCUCCUGUCUCCCAGGAAUGUCUUUAAGGAGAAGACAGGAAAGAGCAACCCAAGAAUGUGUCCCACAAUCAGCCGAGGGCUCUCGCCCGCUCCAGCGCGUCCGGGGCCGCGGGAGGACGGCCCGGGGGUCCCGCCUGCCCGGUGGAUCCACACCCGGAUCUCGGCACCGCCACGAGAAACAGCCCACAGGGGAAAACCCCCACCACCCAACUCCAGAUCCUCCAGGCACCGGGGUCAGGCGGAUCCACACGGAUUCGCCCAGCAGCAAAACGAGAAGCUAGACAAACUUUCUGUGAAAUGGAGACAAAAAAAAGAGAAAAAGAAAAAGACAAAAAAACCAAUAAACAAAAAACAAACAAUACAAAUUCUUUUAGGAAGAUGGGGGUCAGUCGGGGGGGCCCUGGGGCACUGCCCCCUGAGCCCACCGGGCCCUGCCUGGUGCCGACUCCUGGAGACGACGCGGGCAGGACGGACUCUGCAAAUAGAGAUUUAUAUUUUAUUUUGUUCUGCUUUUUUUUAGUUUGUUUUCUUGUUUGGGUUUUUCUUUUUUUUUUUUUUCCCUUUUUUUGGGUUUUCUUUGGUUUGAUUUUGGGGUUGGAGGCAGCGGCUCGAGGGCGGGCGGGCGCAUGCGGUUCCCUCCGGGGGUGUGUAGCCAUCUCGAGAACAAUAAAAAACGACAAAAACUGAACAGAUAAAUUAA